GUGAUGUUGAAGAUGCACGCAUGAUCGUGUAUGGUAGUGACGUUUUGAGGAGGAACACUGUGGAGUGACGACUGUUUCUGACUGCAGUUGCGUAUAUGAUUAUAUACCGUAAUUGCUAUGCCGCAGUUUUACUUGAAAUAGCCAUGAGAGCAGCCCGUAGCCUCAAAACUCUGAUUCCUGUCGCGGAUCGAGAAGACGGCCCUGCCUUCUUAGAAGGUCAGCUUGUGAAGAUCCGCCAGACCAGCGAAGAGGAGGCGAAGCGUGUCUUCGACGCCUCUGGCAUUCACUGGAACUCGGCGAAAGCCCAACUGUUGGGAUCAGUUGGAGAGCUCCGUAGCGCUGCGGAAAACUAUUACGCCGUAUAUACGCCGGAUAGGUCCGACUGGUGGCGAUGGCCACUGUCAAUGCUGGAAGAGGCAGACAGUAAAGACAUCAGCGCAUUUGAUCGAGUCAAUUUUCAGAUAGGAGAUCUUGUCAAAAUACGCAAACUAGAUCAGAACGAGGCGAAGCGGCUCUGCUCUGUUCAUGACACUCUGCCCUGGGAGCCCAACUGGACGGAUGAGGUGGAGGGCGUCACGUGGAAGUCAAGCAUGGCCCAACUUCUGGGCUUGGUGGGCAAGGUGGAGACUCGCCAAAAGGACUGCUGCCUGGUGAGCUUUGGAGACUCCUCAGUGUGGUGGCCUUUGACAAUGUUAGAGGCUGCAGUGUGCCCACAGGGCCACCUGCUGCACCUUGCAAUGGCAGAUUUUCACAUUUGCAGCAAAUGCGGCUGUGGCCUCACAGAUUCUGCAGCACAUUGUGGAGAGUGCCACUUGCAUUUCUGCUCGCAUUGCAUGCAGGAGCAAGUGGAUUUUAGGCAGUCUCUCGAGGUUGGAGCUAGAGUUGAAGGGUGUGAAAUUCGUGGCGAUCAAUUGGUUUUGUGGCUAGUCAGAUUCUUGAAAAAUGCCGCGGAGGUAGAUUGGAAUGAUUGUCCUGGGGAUAGCCUGCCAUUUUUACGAGGUGACCAAUGUCGCAUUUCCGAAAUUGAGGGCAGUUGGUUCCGCUCCGGCUACCUUUGGGCACCGUUGGCAGCUGUUGAGCAGCAUGAUGUCGACAAUGCAGAGAUCAUUUUUGAUGGCAAGGAUGAUGCCGAUCCCUACCAAGAUGAGUGGGCGAGCACCAGCACCGAACUGAAGGAGAAGCCAUCGAUGUUUGCACUGGUGGCGCGUGAGAAGCUUUUGCUUUGCGAGUCCUGCUACCAGCUUUGCAACAAACCCUCAAGCUGUGCACUUUGCAAUUCUACAACAAACCUGCGCCCUUCCUAUCGCGAGAGAUGGGAAUUAAGUACUCCAGGCCUGGAUGAGAUUUGCCCAAAAGAGGCGUGGCCUGGUCAGGACUGUGAAGUGCAUGCGGAGCAAGGAGAAGCGUUCCUGCGAAAGCAAAUGGCAGCUUUGGUGGGUGAGCUGACCCGCCAGAGAAUGGAGAUUCAGCAGCUAAGGUGGGAGAAGGAGGAAAUGCGAAGAGAAUUAGCGCUUCGUGGAUAACAGCUUAAGCCGCCGUGCGGUGCCAAAGCGCGUGUCCCUUUCAGAACCACUACGCGUGCUAAUAUGCUCGCUUCUGAGACAACCUGGCUUUUCCACGGCUUGGUUUGCAUUCUCAACUUUUCAAGCCUUGAUGGUAGCCUCAAGCCACUCAACAGCUCCAGCAAUAUUCUAUCUACAAUCUACGCUUCAGCUUUUCUCGCUUUGACGACAUGUGAGCACAGAAUUGUAGCUGGAGGUGCUUUAGCUGCAUAGUAUGCUAGGCUGGAGGUCACAGAUCCCCGGCACUGUCAACUCCGAAAGGAGAUGUCCAUAAUACGUAGUCGACGGGAGGCACGUACCAUGCAGAUCCUUGUAGUGU